AUGGAGAAACCUCAGAAAAUGCCUAAAGUGGCCAAGGUUAAAAACAAAGCGCCUGCUGAGAUCCAGAUCACAGCAGAGCAGCUUUUACGAGAAGCAAAGGAAAGAGAUUUGGAAAUAGUUCCCCCACCUCCAAAGCAGAAAAUCUCUGAUCCUGAAGAAUUAGCAGAUUAUCAACAUCGUAAAAGAAAGGCUUUUGAGGAUAACAUCAGAAAAAGUAGAAUGGUCAUUAGUAACUGGAUCAAGUAUGCACAGUGGGAAGAAAGUCAAAGACAGGUCGAUAGGGCUCGAUCGAUCUAUGAAAGAGCUCUUGAUGUCGAUCAUCGAAACAUCACCCUGUGGUUGAAAUAUACCGAAAUGGAAAUGAGGAAUCGUCAAAUUAAUCAUUCAAGGAAUCUUUGGGACCGGGCAGUUACAAUACUUCCUAGAGCAAAUCAAUUUUGGUAUAAAUACACAUAUAUGGAAGAAAUGCUUGGAAAUAUUGCUGGUUGUAGACAAGUUUUUGACAGAUGGAUGGAGUGGGAACCAGAAGAACAGGCAUGGCUCACAUAUAUCAAAUUUGAAUUACGUUAUAAAGAAAUAGAAAGAGCUAGGGAAAUAUACACUAGAUUUGUUAUGGUACAUCCUGACGUUCAAAAUUGGAAAAGAUUCGCAGGUUUCGAAGAAAGACAUGGAUUCAUUUCUGGUGCUAGGAAAGUUUAUGAAAGAGCAGUUGAGUUUUUCGGAGAGGAUAUUAUGGACGAACGUCUAUACAUUGCUUUUGCCAAAUUUGAAGAAGGUCAAAGAGAGCAUGAUAGAGCAAGGGUCAUUUAUAAAUAUGCUCUAGACCAUCUUCCUAAAGAACGCACUGCUGAAAUAUAUAAGGCCUAUACUAUUCAUGAGAAAAAGUAUGGAGACAGGACUGGAAUUGAGGAUGUAAUCGUGAGCAAAAGGAAAUACCAAUAUUUAGAGGAAGUAAGAACAAACCCGAUCAAUUAUGAUGCUUGGUUUGACUUGCUGAGGCUUGUCGAAGAAGAGGGUAACGUAGAUACUAUUAGGGAAAUGUACGAGAGAGCUAUUGCAAACAUACCACCAUCAAGGGAAAAAGAUAUGUGGAGGCGUUAUAUCUAUUUGUGGAUUAAUUAUGCCCUAUAUGAAGAAUUAGAAGCAGAAGAUGAAGACAGAACAAGGCAAAUUUAUAGGACAUGCCUCGACAUCAUUCCUCAUAAGACGUUCACGUUCAGUAAAAUAUGGCUGUUAUAUGCCCAGUUCGAAAUAAGACAUAAAAACCUUUCAACAGCAAGAAAAACUCUGGGAAUGGCUUUAGGAGUCUGUCCUAGGGAUAAGCUCUACCGUGGUUACAUAGAUCUUGAAAUACAAUUAAGAGAAUUUGAUAGAUGUAGAACAUUAUAUCAAAAAUUUUUGGAGCAUGGUCCUGAAAACUGUAUUACAUGGAUGAGGUUUGCUGAGCUAGAAACACUAUUAGGUGACACAGAUAGAGCAAGGGCUAUCUACGAACUUGCCGUUAAUCAACCAAGGCUCGAUAUGCCUGAAAUUCUCUGGAAAGCUUACAUAGAUUUUGAAAUAAACAUUGGUGAAUCGAGGAAUGCAAGGCAACUGUAUGAAAGGCUUUUAGAAAGAACUCACCAUGUCAAGGUUUGGAUGAGUUACGUUAAAUUUGAGAUGUCUCAUAGCGAAGAAGAGGGAAUCGAACCUAUUUCAUUGGCAAGAAGAAUUUAUGAGAGAGGUAACAUUGCUUUGAGAGAAUCGGGAGAAAAAGAAGAAAGAAUUUUGUUGUUGGAAGCGUGGAGAGAAAUGGAAAAGGUUCAUGGUGACGAGGAAAGUCAUAAGAAGGUCGAAGCCAAACUUCCAAGGCGAGUCCGAAGAAGACAAGCUGUCAUUGCUGCAGAUGGGACUGAAGAAGGAUGGGAAGAAGUAUACGAUUAUAUUUUCCCUGAAGACGAAGCCGUCAAGCCCAAUCUCAAACUUUUGGAGAAAGCAAAAGCUUGGAAAAAGAAGCAAGAAGCCGAUAUCCAAACAAAUGAUGAAGACUGA